CAGGCCGCUCCCCAGAUGAGUCAGUCUGAUACCGGACACCCGCAGAGGAACGCCCUCCCCGCCCCCAAACGCUCCGCGCGCAGAUCCCGCAGGUCCCGCAGGUCCCGCAGAGCAGGAGCCGCCAUGAAGAGCCUCCUGAUCACCGCCUCGCUGCUGCUGCUCAUCUCCGGAACCAGGACCCAAGGCGGUUUUGACCUGAGCGACGCCUUGGACGAUCAUCCAACGGACGCUCCCAAACCCAAGGAGCCCACCAAGAGCCCGGAGAAACCCAAACCUGACAGUCCCAAAACCACCAAGAAGCCGAGCAUCCCCAGUGGUGGUGGAGGAGGUGGAGGAGAUGGCUUCGACCUGGGAGAUGCCCUCCUUCCAGAUCCCAAAACCACCAAGAAGCCGAGUGUCCCCAGUGGAGGAGGAGGAGGAGGUGGAGGAGGGUCGUUCAGCGACGACGACCUGCUCAACACGCUGGACGACGGCUACAAGCCCGACAAGACCGGAUCCAGAGGCCGCGCCGCAGACUCCAACUACGAUGCUGCAGGUGGAGCUGAUCAGCCUCAAGAGGCCGGUUCUGGUCCGAUCGCAGGGAUCAUCAGCGCCAUCGGCGUGGCUCUGGUGGGGGCGGCGUCCGGCUACUUUGCUUACCAGAAGAAGAAGCUGUGCUUCAAGCUGCAGGGAGGUACCGACCCGGAGAGCGGCAAAGGUCGCGCAGGAACGCAGGCGGAGCCUCAAGUUCUCAGUAACCUCCUCCAGUCCAACUAGCGGGUCUCCUGGGGCCGGAGCGGGCGGGCAUUGGCUCCGCCCCCAUCCGCCUGUCCCCGCCUUCUUCUCAGGUUCUGCCACUUCUUGGGUUUAGAUCUUCCUUUCAAAGACUGAACCUACAAGCACGGAUGAAGGAGCUCCUCCCACCCAGAGACACGCCUCUUCCUCUGAUGUCAUCAGGCUGGGACUAACCUGCAGUCUUGUAGUUUUUGUGAAAGUCCUGACCGCCCGCUUUUUUAUCCCUUUCUGAACGAAUGGACCAGAACCAGAACUUUGACAGGUCUGGAUGCUUUUUAGACCAGUCAGUCUCAAAGGAAAUGUUUGUAAAAUGCAUUGAGAAGCUGAACCUGACCCAGAACCUAAACCCAGAACUAGAACCUGCACACCGGUUUGGGGCAUCAGUUCAGCUAAAAGCCCUAAACCGUCACCCUUGUGGGAUCUUAGAUGACCCCCCCCCCUUCCAUUGAGGUGUUCUCCCCACCAUGACAAAGGUGGAUAAAGGUGGAAAGAUUCCAUGUGGGUUCAUAGUGGGUCUAGAUGACCCCACUCCCAAUGUUAACGUGCCUAGGAUAGCACAAGGGUUACACACAGGGGGGGUGGGGGGCAUUUGCUGUGUUUUUCCUGUUCUGACCUUAGCAGCUCCGGUUCUCCCUAGAACCUGGAGCUUCAUCUCCUGCACUGAUGCUGCCUGUCUGCCGAUUGGAUCCCGUCUGCAGAGAACCCGGAGCUUUCUUGGUUAACUGGCCGUUAUCAGAACCUCUGAGGUUCUGUUCUGAAGUCUGUUACAUGUGUUACACCAGGAAAUUGAAUGGGAAUAAAUGCUUGUACAGUUGG